UAAUGGGUGCUAAAUUUUGGCCAGUUCCUAAAUCAAUUGUGCAAGAUGCAUAUAUUUAUCCAAAAAGAUAUGUCAGAAAUGUAUUGUUCUUGGGAUCAGGACUUGUUCUUUGUGGAAUCCAGUUCUUCAGAUUUACAUUAACCAGAACACAACCAACAAUGAUGAAUGGUGAAUACAUGGACUGGGGAAGCCACCAUGCUCCUAAGAAGUUGAGAUAUUAAUUU